AUGCUUGAGGAUCCAAGCAUUAGGCUUCGAGCAGCAAUUGUCGAUGGAAACCUGCUAAUUACAAAGCGAAUAUUAACCCGGUUCCCUGACCUUUUGGAUAUUGUUGAUCCAUCAAAUGGCUGGUCCUUGCUUCAUUAUGCAUCAUUUUAUGGUCGAUACCUAGUUUGCGUUUACCUACUUCAGCUUGGCCAUGACCAAAAAGAGAUUCUGCGAACAUUUAAGGACAAUACGUGCGUUCACCUAGCAUUGCUAAAUGGCCACGAACAAACUACACAUCUUCUACUCCAACAUUUUCCAGGAUAUUUAAAUUGCAAAGGCCACUCAGGAAUGACCCCGGUACAGAUAACAUGUCUGAAUGACCAUUACCAGUGCUUAAGUCUUCUUUUAAGCCUUGGUGCUGAUCUUUCAAUCACCGAUGAUGAAGGAAACACCCCAUUACAUAUAUGCUUAACAUAUGGGAGCGUCAAUUGUAUGAAGAUGCUAGUACUAGAGGGCAACAUGCUGGACGACACAAUAAGGAAUAAAGGAAAUUGGAAGCCGAUAGACGUCGCUCAAACCUUCGAUAUUGCAAAAGCCUAUCAGAAGGUUCUCAAGGAAGCUCAAUCCCAUGCAGUUAAAAAGAAACCCAGUUAUCAUUCAAUGAUAUCCCCUGUCACUAUAUCAAAACCGACAUUUGAAAACAGUGGAUCACCCGUUUUAAGUACAUCAUCUGCAAUGCAAUCAUUCACAUCCCAUCUUCCGCCACUCCCGACAAUCUCAACUAGCCGCAGGGCAUCCAUAGGUAGCCAGAAUCUCUGGUCCCCUAAAACUCCUAUUUCGCAUACAUUUAACUUAAACAGCCAUCCCUUAACAACACCGCCCCAUGGAAAAUCACCAAACAAACUUGCAUCAAGACCAUCGAUUUUAAACCAAUCGCUUUCCACAUCGUCUGCUUCUUUGAUUCACAAGGACAGCAGUACCAGCAUGAAUAGCGAUAGAAACAAACUUUAUGAUUCAUCAAAUGGAAUAAAAAGGUCUCAAACUUCUGGAAGCUCAGAGAUAUUCGGUCGUCCCAAUCCAUCCACAACUAGCUUUAAUAGUUGUGAUGGUCAGUUUAUCAACAAAUUACCUUCUGCAUCCUCAACAUCGGAAUGUGUGCUUCGUGAGAAUGACAAAACUAACAACCCCGACACGAGUACAGGGAUCUCUUCCCCUGCAACUUCAGAGAGAGCUAAGCGGAUUUCAUUAUUAAAUAUUCCUAUUUCCAAACUUCGAAAUAGGGAUUGA